UGUUCAGUACGCACUCGUCGUUUACCCGUACGAUGAAAAAGUGUUAAAAAUGCCGAGUGAGAGAUUCUUGACAGCGUAAUUACCUUCCUCGGGCGUUGUGAGAGACUGUACGACCCCAAGAGACAUUAACGUGUCUCAGUGAGAUAAACAUCUGAAAGUGAUUUUGAGAGACAUUUUUUUGCGAUUUGAAGAUGAUUCUGUACGGGAACGCCGCUCUCACGCCCUCACCUUCAUCGUCGUCAUCUUCACCUGUGUCCCAGACGAGCAUGUCACCUCAGUGUGGAGCAGCUGAUGUCACUCUCACACGCUGCAAGAAUGAAAUCAGUGACAUCCUCCUGCCACCCUCCAUACACCCAAUGUUGAUGUCGACGAUUCCCAAGUGUGCCGGGUGUUCUGAAGCCAUCUUGGACCGGUUCAUCUUAAAGGUGCUGGAGAGGACGUGGCACUCCCGGUGCCUCAAGUGUGCCGACUGUGGUGCCCAACUCACUGACAAGUGCUUCGCCAGGAACCAGCAAGUCUACUGCAAGGAAGACUUCUUCAGGAGGUACGGCACUAAGUGCUCCGGGUGUGAGCAAGGCAUCCCACCGACCCAAGUGGUCCGCCGUGCCCAAGAUAACGUCUACCAUCUCCACUGCUUCGCUUGCGUUAUCUGCCAGCGUCAGCUCAACACUGGCGACGAAUUCUACCUCAUGGAGGACAAUAAACUCGUGUGUAAGAGCGACUACGAGCAGGCCAAGCAGAGAGGUAUGUCUCUGAAGGAGGACGACCUGAGUGGCAAGCGUCCGCGCACCACCAUCAGUGCCCGCCAGCUGGAGAAACUGAAGGCAGCUUACAGCAAGUGCGCCAAGCCGCCCCGCCACGUCCGCGAGCAGCUGGCGGCGGACACCGGCCUCGACAUGAGGGUCGUGCAAGUCUGGUUUCAGAACAGACGCGCCAAAGAGAAGCGACUGAAGAAGGAUGCUGGACGGACCCGCUGGGGCCAGUACUUCCGGUCCAUGAAGAACGGCAGCCGGGAGAAGCGACGAGACGACGACAAGAGUGACCCGGACCUCGACAUGGACUCACGUAAGGCACUCUCUUUCACGCACUCUGCCUCAUGA